AUGCUCUCUCCAAGCCGAGUUCUCGAAGUCAAGGCCAAAGGCGACGCUUGCAACAGGUGAGUGCCCUGCUUAGCCGGUGAGGCUUCGAGCUUGUAGCGCGGUCUAAUCAGUUGCCGAGACUCCUUGCACCGAAACACUUCUGACGACGUCCGUUGGAAUUAUAACUCCCUGGCAGAUGUCGGCUUCGUCGGGUUCGCUGCACUGGAGUCAAUGGUCAGCCCUGUGCGGCGUGCACAAGAACUGGUGAGUCUUCGCCGCUUCCGUCGGCGAUGUAUGCAGUGCCGUAACCCGGGCGGUUAAAUCCGCCGGCGGCGACAGGUAGCUUCGGAUGGCCUGCUUUACUCGCACAGCAACUAAAACCGAAUGUCCUGCAUUGCUACAGCUCGAUUUCGCAACCAUGACCUGGACGAACUCUACUGCGGCUACCAUGGUACGAGGCCAUGCAGCGAAGAGAGUGAAGAUCGCGUGAGGCGUGAGUACUACAAUUGCCUAAGUGCUACUGCCACCCGCGGCCCGAGGGCCACGUGACCCUGCUCCGGUCGGAAGCGAUCUCUUCGCCCCCGGGUGACGUAGCCUCCUGAGUCUAUACCGUCGGCGCCGAGUCUCGUCCUUCUUUUCUAUCUUGGACCCUUCCCCAUCCGAGUCAUUGUGACCUCCACACAGAAUGCAUCUCCACUCGGAAUCGCGAGAUUGUCUGGUCUUUGCGAUUACUCCUGAGCGCUUGAGCGACCUGUGCUGAUCGUCUCCUUUUCUCCACCGGUGGUUCCCUUUUUCUCAUCGUAGCUCGCAAGAAGCGCAACCGUUCUGGCUCGGAACUCGAGUCUUCGUCAUUGAACAAGAAGUCAUCGUCUUCCCCAUCGAGCUCAUCGGGCAAGGCUCGCUCCUCUACGUCCAAGACGGUUUUGCGCAAGCGUCUGCCAAGCUCCUGCCAAUCACCUCCCAAGAAGAGCUCGGAGAAGGCCGCCAGUGUGGCUGAGGUGGUGCAGUCCUCGAACCAGAUUGGAGGGUCCAUGUCCAUCAAGCGGCAACCGACCGAAGUACACUCCAAGGUCAAAUCACUCUGCACACCUCCCUCAGCGCCUGAAGUGUUCCUGUCCCCUACCGCCUCGACCUCCCACCUGCCGGAUCUGCCGGAGCUUCCGGAUCGAGAGUCUACUUCCAUGCACGUCGAUGAGGCCCCCAGUCCCGUCCAAACUUCCGCAAGUCCGUCCAUGAAUGAGACUGGCUCGAUCGCCGAAGUGUUCACAGUACCCUACGAAUACCCUGCGCUCGAGGACGUUUUCCAGGACCCCGGACCUGCUGUUCCGUACUCGAUUGACACGUUGCCCGACCCGUCCUACUUCGGGCCUUUAUCACCGACUCACUCCUCACCCUCUUCGCUCUCGUCCAUGUCAGCCUCACCUUUGUCCUCGGCUUACUCGAGCUGUGCAUCCCCCUGCGCCAGCCUCAUGCUUACUCCCGAUGCCGUCCCGGACGCUUUCUACCUCGGCGACUCCUGCAUCGCACCCUCGCUCGUGGGCACGAUGACCAGUAUCGCAACGGCAGCCGCGACUACCGAGUCUACGUUCUCAGGGCUGCUUGCAGCCGUUACGACGACGCCCUACUGGUUCUCCGACCCGUCCGAUACUGUCGUCACACCGUGCUUCGAAGACGCUUGGCUGCAGUGGUCGCCAAUUACGGAUCAGAAGACGUUCCAAGCGUAUCCUUCACCGCUCUCGUAA